CGAGCGGCGCACGCGACGGGAGUAAAGCGAGGGCUUGUCCGUGCGCGCAGCGGGUGCUCCGGCGUGGGUGCCGUUCGAGCGGUCGGAGUGCGGCGUCUGAAUGUGGAGUUGGUGGCUGCGGGCGACGGUCAGAGCCAUGUCUGGCGGGGAAGCUGCCUCCGCGCUCCGCCGCCAGCGCCAGCCCAAGGACUCGCUGCGCCACCUGCGCUUGCGGGAGAAGCGCCUGGGUGCCGCGGGAGCCUGCGGCCGCGAUGGGGCCACCACGGUCUUCGUGCAGGUGGCGGCUGCGGGCACGCGAGACGCGGGAGCAGCGCUCUAUGUCUUCUCCGAGUUCAACCGGUAUCUUUUUAAUUGUGGUGAAGGAGUGCAGCGCCUUAUGCAGGAGCACAAGUUAAAAGUGGCUCGGUUGGACAACAUCUUCCUUACCAGAAUGAACUGGGCCAAUGUUGGGGGUCUGUCUGGAAUGAUUCUUACCUUAAAAGAAACAGGAGUUCCAAAGUGUGUGCUCUCUGGACCGCCACAACUGCAAAAGUACCUGGAGGCAAUCAAAGUCUUUUCUGGCCCGCUAAGAGGAAUAGACCUAGCUGUGCGGCCUCAUUCUGAUCCAGAAUAUCAGGAUGAAACUAUGACCGUCUAUCAAGUUCCCUUGGUAGGAAGGAAGCCCAUAAAUAAUCAGAGGCUGCUUGCAGGCUCUGAAUUAGCAUUACCAGCAGAUGAGACUGACCCAACUUAUAUCUCAGGACCAGACUCUCCUGCUAAGGAAAAGCAGUGCCAACGGGAUAACCAGAGUAGAGCAUCCCCUGAUAAAAUGGAUCGUCCUCAACAAGUUGGCCAAAGGGACCCAUCUUUAGUUGUUGCAUUUGUUUGUAAGCUCCGUCCAAAGAAAGGGAGCUUUUUGGUGCUUAAAGCAAAGGAGCUUGGCUUGCCUGUUGGCACAGCAGCAAUUGCUCCUAUCAUUGCAGCUGUAAAGGAUGGAAAGAGUGUCAUGUUUGAAGGCAAAGAGAUCUUAGCUGAAGAAAUUUGCACCCCUACAGACCCAGGUGCAGUCUUCAUCGUAGUGGAGUGUCCUCAUGAAGGCUUUGUAGAUGCAGUCUGUGAAAACGCCACACUGCGAGGAUACCAAGAAGGGAAGCAGGAGAAUCCUGUGGCUUUGGUUGUCCAUAUAACCCCAGAACCUAUCUUACGGGACAGUCGGUAUAAGCAGUGGCUAGAAAGAUUUGGAGCUGAUACUCAGCACUUGAUUCUCAAUGAGAACUCCCAAUCAGUGCACAAUCUCCGCAGCCACAAAAUUCAAUCCCAGCUCAACCUCAUCCACCCAGAUAUCUUCCCGGUUCUCACCAGCUACCAGAGCAAGGAAGAAGGAGCCACAUUCAGUGUGCCUGUUGUGCGAGGAGAGUGCCUCCUCAAAUACCAGCUGAGGCCCAAGCUAGAGUGGCAGAGAGAGGCUGUUACUGCUUAUAAUUCUGCUGAGUUUAUAGCUGAAGCCCUGGAGCUGCCUAAUUUCCAAGAGAGUGUGCAGAAAUGCAGAGAGAGCUUACCAGUCAAACUGGCAUCAUCAGGAAAUGUGGAUAGCUAUCCAGAAGUUGUAUUUUUAGGAACUGGCUCUGCAGUCCCAAUGAAAAUACGGAAUGUCAGCUCAACAUUAAUAAAUAUCAGCUCCACCCAGUCUCUGAUUCUGGAUUGUGGGGAGGGAACAUUUGGCCAGCUUUGCCGCCACUAUGGAGAUGAGGUUGACCGAAUCCUCUGUAACAUUGCGGCUGUGUUUGUGUCUCAUAUACAUGCAGAUCACCAUACAGGAUUGUUGAAUAUCUUGUUGCAGAGACAUCGUGCAUUUAUGUCCCGAGGUCAGCCCUACAGCCCACUAUUACUGGUUGCUCCCACGCUGAUUAUGACAUGGCUGCAUCAGUACCAUGAUCAUUGUCAAGAAUUUCUAGGGCACAUCAACAUGAUUCCUGCCCAGUUUCUAAUGGAAGGAUGUGAUGUCUUUAAACUUAAAGCAAAGACAUUCAUUCAUUCGCUUUUGGAGAAAUAUGACUUUGCAAAGUUUCAGACAUGUGAAGUCCGGCAUUGCAAAAAUGCUUUUGCGUGUUCAGUGGUCCACAAAUCUGGGUGGAAAAUUGUCUAUUCUGGUGACACUAUGCCAUGUGAAGUUUUAGUUGAAAUGGGGAAAAAUGCUUCUCUGUUGAUUCAUGAAGCUACACUGGAGGACGGCUUAGAAGAGGAGGCAAUAGAGAAAACACACAGCACUACUUCCCAGGCCAUUGAAGUUGGAAUGAAGAUGAAUGCAGAAUUCAUCAUGCUCAAUCACUUCAGCCAGCGCUAUGCUAAAAUCCCUUUCUUCAGUGAGGAUUUCAGUGACAAAGUUGGAAUUGCAUUUGAUCACAUGCAGGUGCGUUUUGGUGAUUUUGCAGCUAUUCCAAAACUCAUCUUGCCACUGAAAGCCUUGUUUGCCGAUGAGAUAGAGGAAAUGGAAGAGCGAAGGGAGAAACGAGAGCUGCGGCUUCUCAAAGAGGCAAUAAUAGCAUCUGAGGCUCGGACUGUUACUAAGAACAAGGCACCAGCCAAAACAAAAUUGGAAGAUGGAGAGGACCGUCAUGGAGCACCGAACAAAAAACUUAAAACUGCCAACUGAGCAAAGAAACAAAUGGCUGCCUUUGUGCCUUUCUUGCUAGGGCAAGAGUGACUUGCAUGUGAUACAUGAUAUGCACAGCACUGAUGAAUUCAAAAGGUGGCAUCAGCACAUUUUUGCUCUGUCUGCUUGAAGGCCCCCUGGUAAAUUACCUGUGCUGUUUAUACGGGUGAAAUUCCUGCUGAACUUAACUGCACAGCUACCAAAAUGCACUUUUUGGCUACAGUGCCUGGAAACAAAGUCCAUCUUUACUGAUCAUCUGUCUGUUUCCUGAAAAUAGUUCAACUUUCCUUUAAAAAAACCUGACAUGAACGAGUAAAAAUUUAAGGUUUAAACAAAGGUUUGGAUACUUCAAGAGUGGAGAAGAUCUCCAUGGUAAAACAAUGCUGCUCUCCAGUCCUUCACAGUAAAAGAGGAUGUGUUGUGUGGAACUGUCUCGAAUUGAUCGUGCACCCCUCCUCAGUACUCUGGUAUUUGCAGUGGAAUUCUGUGGGUAUGCCUUGCUUUUUAAAAAAAGAAUUCAGGGAACCAGAAAGUAAAAUUUAUCCAGCAUGUUU